ACAAGUGCACAAGAUGGAGAGAGUGAGGCUGAAUUAAUGCCUGAUGAGUUUGAAGAGAAACCAGAACGGGAAAAAAAACACUCGAGCUUCACCUUGUGCAGUGUGUGUAACAUUCAGCUGAAUUCUGCCGCUCAAGCACAAAUUCACUACAAUGGCAAAUCUCACCAGAAGAGACUUAAACAACUCACCAAUGGAACACUGAAGAACGACAAUGGUGGUACAUGCCAGAGUCCUGCUCUCCCAGCCCUGGUCCGGCCACCAGCCCCUCCUUUGCAGCCAUCAUUGGAUAUUAAGCCCUUUCUCCCCUUUCCUCUUGACACUGCAGCGGCAGUCAACCUGUUUCCCAAUUUUAAUGCGAUGGACCCUAUUCAGAAAGCUGUAAUAAACCAUACAUUCGGGGUUCCUCUUCCUCACCGGAGAAAGCAAAUCAUCUCAUGCAACAUUUGCCAGUUGAGAUUUAAUUCAGAUAGCCAGGCUGCGGCCCACUACAAAGGCACGAAGCAUGCCAAGAAGCUCAAAGCCCUGGAAGCCAUGAAAAAUAAGCAGAAAUCUGUCACUGCCAAGGACAGCGCAAAGACUACCUUCACUUCCAUCACUACCAAUACCAUGACCACCAGCUCUGACAAAACAGACAAUGCCACUGGGACACCAUUAAUAUCAACAACAACAAGUGUGGAAAUGCGCAAGAGCAAUGCUGGAACAACUGAGAUCACUUCUAAAGCAGAAAAAAGCCCCACGACGGUGGCAGCCACUGGGAACAGCUCAAGUCCCUCCAUAGAGACUGAGGAAGAAAAGGCAAAGAGGCUGCUCUACUGUUCACUAUGCAAGGUGGCUGUGAACUCUGCCUCCCAGCUGGAGGCUCAUAACAGUGGUACUAAGCACAAAACAAUGCUAGAAGCUCGCAAUGGAAGUGGGACUAUCAAGGCCUUUCCUCGGGCAGGAAUGAAGGGCAAAGGACCUGUUAAUAAGGGAAACACGGGCCUCCAAAACAAAACAUUUCACUGUGAAAUAUGUGAUGUGCAUGUCAACUCGGAAACACAACUCAAACAGCAUAUUAGCAGUAGAAGGCACAAAGACAGAGCUGCUGGGAAACCCCCCAAACCAAAAUACAGUCCCUACAACAAACUGCAGAAGACAGCAAAUCCACUGGGGGUGAAAAUAGUAUUUUCAAAAGAACCUUCCAAGCCACUGGCUCCCAGAAUUCUUCCUAAUCCACUGGCAGCUGCAGCAGCUGCAGCCGCUGUGGCAGUGAAUUCCCCCUUCAGUCUUCGAACUGCUCCAGCAGCCACCCUCUUCCAGACCUCUGCCCUUCCUCCGGCCCUCCUGCGGCCAGCUCCUGGACCCAUUCGGACCACCCACACUCCUGUGCUCUUUGCUCCUUACUAAACUCUGAACAGGAGGUGUUGUACUGCAAUAAUUUUUAAGACGACAAAAAUGAAACUAAAAUCAAACAAAAGAGAACUAUGCAGUGUUUAUUUAUAGUUUAAAGUGUAUCUGAAGAGCCAGGACUUUUGAUAGUAAAAUGAAAAGAUUAUUUAAAAAAAAAAAAAAAAAAGGUGGGUAUGGG